CCACACGUGGCUUGCCACGGCCUGGGCUCAAGUUGUUUUCUUUCCGAUCCUGAUGCGCCGACAUUCUCCAACCGUAGACCUUUUUCUCUUCUUACCGUUCGUUUAUUUACUUUUCAAUGGAGCCUGAUGAGCCACCCGCUGCUCCCAGCGGCCUAUGGCGUGCUGGGUCGACUUUUGUCGUAGGGACCGUUGCUCUGCUGUGUCGAGGCUUUGUGAAGGGUCUGAGUAGCAGUGAAUCGUCCGGUUUGGACAAAUUCUUAAAGUUGUUGGACGAGCGCAAGGACAUUGAGGGGAGGCAGCGUGGAUUGAUCACUGUUUCCAACCAUGUCUCGGUAAUGGAUGACCCGAUGAUAUGGGGAAUACUGCCUAUUUCGUAUAUGAUCAACCCAGACAAUAUGCGCUGGGGACUGGGGAGCUACGAUCUAUGCUUCACGAACAAGGGACUCUCCACGUUCUUUUCGCUUGGCCAAGUCCUACCCACCCAUCGUUCGGCGCAUUCGCAGUACGGUGGGCUUUACCAGCCUACCAUUACCCAAGCUAUCCGCCUGCUCUCGCAUGGUCCCUUCACGCGUGUGAACACAGCGCCUCACCCAGCAGCAAAGUCUCUCAACAGCCCCGAUCUCGCCGAUCCCUUCACGGGAGGCCAUCUCACGUUUUCCACCAACGGGCACGAUACAUUUCCCGCGCCUUCAGCAUACCUCAAUCGGCGGCACUCUUGGAUACAUAUCUUCCCCGAAGGCAUGAUCCAUCAGCACCCAGAUCUUGCCAUGAGAUAUUUCAAGUGGGGUGUUUCGCGGCUCAUAUUAGAAAGCGAACCCAUGCCGGAUAUUGUGCCCAUGUGGAUCGAGGGACCAGAGCAGGCCAUGCAUGAAUCACGCACGUUCCCUCGAUUCCUGCCACGCCCUGGGAAACACAUCAGCAUUACCUUUGGAGACAAGCUGGAUGGGGAACAGGUAUUCGGGGAUCUGCGGCGGAGGUGGAAACAGCUGUGCGACGAGGAAGAAGAGAAGAGCGGGAAGAUGGAAGUAGGCGUGCUGAAUGAGGCGCUAAAACAUUCCGAGGAAGCGACGCAACUGCGCAAGGAGUGCACCAUGCGGGUCCGAAACGCCAUCUUGAAGCUCCGACAGUUGCGUGGACAUGGAGACGAGGAUCCAAAGGGCGGGCUUGCUGAAACAUGGCGGAAAGAAGGAAGUCUCCGCGAAGGGCCCAAGGAAGAUGGCAGCUGGACCAAAGACACGUGA